CCAAAAAUGGGACUCGUUCCAAGUCUCAUGAGAAAAGGGUUGUCGCAAAAACAAAUUGUCAGUCUUGCAAUGGAGGGAGUUUUGAAGAAUCUUGGGCCACGUAGGUAUGACAACUUCGAGGACUUCCAUUCUUCUAUUCUCAGCAUCCUCAAAACUGCCAACUCUGCGCUGCCUGGUAGACAUUUUGAAGCACCAUCACGUCGGGAAGUAGAGAAGGCUUUUGCAGAAUGGAAAAGCUCUAGUGAUGACAAAAAGGAGAAAAUAUUCAUGAAGUUGCUUGAGAGCACAAAGCUUGGCGAGAUAGAUAACAUUACCCUGAUAGUAGGCCUGGCGAUACCACCCUUCUCCAUGGUGGCAAAGAGUGCAGGAGAGAAAGCACCUCCCUUCAAAAUGAUCAAGAAUGUCCCUGACGCCUUGUUUGUGCCCUCAUUCACACUGUUAUCUCUUGUCUCAGUUAAGCUGAUCAGAAAAGUUUUGGAAAAUUUUACAUUAGGAGAAGAAGAAGAAGAAAAAGGAAUAAAUGCAGGUACCUGAUAUCAUUGUUGUGGUUGUGCCCUUGAUCACAUUUUCAUCUCCCUUCCCUGUUAAGCUCCUUGGAAGGAUCCUUGGAAUUCAAGAUCACUGUUUGUAUUACCCCCA